UUUCCUGAUGAUCCGCUGAAUUGUAAAACUCCGCCGGGCGGUAUCCUCAAUAACCAGUUCAAGGUGAACCGGACUUUCGAGCCGUAUCAAACGGGGAAAGUGACCGUUCCCGGUGGUAGUAUUUCCACUGUCAAGAAUGUUUCAGCGCUGCUCCGUGUAGCAGUGUACCUUGGAUCGCGAACUCGACCGUAGCCACGUACCUAUUAGAUCGCGUGUUUCGGUUCAUCCGUAUCACCGCGCGCGGUGGUCUCGUGUUACGUGGGAAAUCGGAAUUAUCGAAUAGUUAUUGCUCAUUACUAUAACAAUUGUUAGUUAUACCAAUGGUUUGUCACAUGGUGCUGUUCCUAAGUUUGAUAUUUGUGUUCGGGUCCCUGCACUCUGCCAAUGGAAGGGGCCUCGAAGUUGCUUUCCAGUGGAAAUAUUUGGACUGGACCUGGCCAAAUGUUCCUCUCACGGAGAAGAACUUCACGUUGGGCAACGCGUUCACGCAGGAUGUAGAUGUCGAUAGAUCCGGACGCAUAUUUGUAACUAGUCCACAAUGGUUGGACGGUGUACCGAUCACAUUGUCCUUGGUGUCAACUGCUUCGGGUCCUGGUGGUCCAUUGCUGAUUCCGUAUCCUCACUGGUCCUGGUUUACACCGUUCGAUUGCAACAGCUUAAUUUCCGUGUAUAGAUUGGCGAUAGACGAAUGCAAUCGGCUAUGGGUGGUGGAUACCGGCAGGAUUAGCAGUAAAGCUGUUUGCCCUACGAAAAUCCUAAUCUUCGAUCUUGCAACCGAUCAGUUGAUCCAUAAAUACGUUGUGCCGGAUGAUCAAGUGCUGUUCGGGAAGGCAGCAUUAGUUACGCCGAUCGUCGAUGUCGGAAAAACGUGUCUCGAUACUUAUCUAUACGUGGCGGACGUGGAUCAAAACGGGCUUCUGAUUUAUGACUUGUAUCACGAUCGCUCGUGGCGGGUAAACAAUACUUGCGGCAACGCUUUCGGCCCGGAUGACGAUGCCAUGAACAUUACGAUCGCCGGUGAAUCGUUCGACUUGACUGACGGUACCUUAGGAAUGUCAUUGUCGCCGUACGGAUUUUAUAAGAAAAGGUAUCUGUACUUCAACUCUUUGGCUAGUUUCCUUCAAAAGUUCACGGACACGACUUCCUUGAAGUUAAGUCAAUACAACGAGCCAAUAGUGUACGAAUCUAAUUAUAAAAGAGCGAGCCAGGCAGGCGUGCAAGCAACGUCUCGGAGAGGCGUGAUAUUUUUCCAAUUAGUUCAGCUAACAGCGAUCGCUUGCUGGAACAUCGAGAAGCCGUUUGUGCCUGAGAACAUAGUGAUAAUUGCGCAAGACGAAGCGACGCUGCAGUAUGUGAGCGGCAUCAAAGUAAUCGUAGACAACCACGGCGAGGAAGAGUUGUGGUUCAAUACGAACAGAUUACAGAAAACGAUAAAUAUGACUCUGAAGCCCAGUGAAACGAAUUUCCGUAUAAUUAGGGGAAAGGUAGACGAAAUUAUUAGAGGCACGAAUUGCGAGUCGACCGGCAGAAGAAACGAAAGGCCGGAUAUUACGUUCUGGCACCGGAUAUGAAUUAGAUACGUCGCAUUAUGUUAAUCAAAUACCCCUCGAAAGUUCGAAGGAACUAUCCUUUCGCGGAGGAUGGGAAUAUCUAAACAACCAAAAUCAACAUCAUUUGCAGCGGAAACAGUCCAUUGAACAGUGAUGACGAAGGAUUUAUCUCAAGUAGUAAACCAAAAUAAUUUAUUUCCUCUCUUGUGCAUGCUAUUAUAAGAAACCGUUUGUAACUGUUUUUACGUAAUUUAUGAGAAAUACAGCCUGUGAGAUAGCUGUCAUGUAAAUAUCACUCCUUUAUUUGUAAUUCAUUUAAAAGAAUAUUGCUUGUCGAACAGUUAAUGUGUCAUUUGAAACCCAUGCAACUCCGUUACACGC